UUUUAUUUUUUCAGAUUAUUUACAACCAUAUUUUAAGUCAAUAAAGUGAAAACGACUAAUUAAAUUAAACUUCAAAUACACUAGGCUAUUGCACUGCUUUUGUGUAGGGUGUCAAAACUUUAUAGCCUGCUCUACACUGCUUGAGAAAGAAGAACUAAACAGCCCAUGCAUAAUUGGACACUCAUAACCUUAUUUGCCGAAACAUCACUACAAUAGUAAUGAUAGGUACAUGCCUUUUAUACUGUUAUGCUAGCUGAAGUUAGGUUGUUCAAAAGAAAAGUAUAUGAUACGCCUUAAGUUUAAGAUAAGGACUGCACAACAACGAUGGCUUCAUGCAAGAUUUUCCGCCUUUCUUACGCAACAUAAUUAGUCAGACUCGAGUUGGUGAAGAUACAAAUGAGGAUGUCCAAUUGAUCCUGGUCUCUGAUAACUUUCGCUUACUUAUCCCUGCCUUCCUCUCCGUUAUAGGCUACAACCUGGGGAAACUUGAGAACGCAAACCAGACAGCGGUCUCAACAUUAAAGACGGAAUAUGGCCGCACAUAGGAGUCGCACAAGUUUUUUAUCUCUCGUUAACAGAGGGACUGUAUCAUUCAGAAAAGACUGUUACCAAAGACAUGUCCUGGUUCCGUCCGGAAAAACUAUUGUGCACUUUAGAAGAACAAUAUCGAGUACAGGCGCUAAGAACAAGGAGUUUACUGCCGCAUUUAAGCUCAGAGCUCGCUGGUCGCUCAUACGCAGAAUUGUACGAGCUGUCAGUGAAAAAUUCAGAGACAUUUUGGGGAUCAAUCGCAACAGAGAGGUUGACAUGGACCAGACCAUUCGACCGGGUGAAGGAUUGUGAUAUUUCGAAAGGAAGUAUCAACUGGUUUCUUGGAGGGCAACUAAACGUCUCUGUGAACUGUUUGGAUGUGCAUGUUGCAAGUCAUCCCGAUAAGAUCGCCCUGGUGUGGGAGAGAGAUGAGCCGGGCACAGAGGUUAAAGUGACCUACAGGGAGCUGUUGGAGACUACAUGCCGGUUGGCCAACACUCUGAAAAGCCAUGGGCUUCAGAAGGGGGACCGAGUGGCCAUCUACAUGCCUGUGUCGCCCGUGGCGGUGGCCGCCAUGCUGGCCUGUGCGCGCAUCGGUGCAGUGCACACUGUGGUGUUCGCUGGGUUCAGCUCAGAGGCUUUGGCAGGGAGGAUCCAAGACGCCCAGUGCAAGGCCGUGGUCACGUGCAACCAGGGGGUGAGGGGCGGCCGCGUCAUCAGCCUGAAGCCCACUGUGGAUGCGGCGGUGAAGAGCUGCCCGUCUGUCCAACAUGUGUUUGUAGCGCAGAGGACCACCAACACAGUCCCUAUGGGGAAACUGGACAUUCCACUUGAGGAGGCUAUGGCCAAGGAGUCGGCCGAGUGUCCGCCGGAGCCAAUGGGGAGCGAGGACACUCUCUUCAUGCUGUACACCUCAGGCAGCACUGGGAAGCCCAAGGGGAUCGUCCACACACAGGCCGGCUACCUCCUCUAUGCAGCCCUCACUCACCAGUAUGUGUUUGACUAUCGAGCAGGCGAUGUGUUCGGCUGCAUGGCGGAUAUCGGCUGGGUGACGGGCCACAGCUACGUGGUGUACGGACCUCUGUGCAACGGCGCAACCACUGUGCUGUUUGAGAGCACGCCUGUGUACCCAGACCCAGGGCGCUAUUGGGAGACUGUGCAGCGUCUGGGGAUAAAUCAGUUCUACGGCGCCCCCACGGCCAUCCGCCUGCUGCUGAAGUACGACGAGAGCUGGGUGAAGAAGUACGACCGCUCCUCUCUGAAAACCCUCGGCUCAGUCGGCGAGCCCAUCAACCAUGAGGCCUGGGACUGGUUCUACAACGUGGUGGGCGAUGGCCGAUGCCCCCUGGUGGACACGUGGUGGCAGACGGAGACGGGUGGUGUGUGCAUCGCCCCUCGCCCGGCUGAGGAGGGAGCCGAGAUCCGGCCUGCCAUGGCGAUGAGACCUUUCUUUGGCAUAGAGCCCGCCCUGAUGGGGGAGAAGGGACAGAAAAUAAUAGGAAAUGACGUCACUGGAGCACUUUGUGUUAGUCAGCCUUGGCCUGGAAUGGCCAGAACCAUAUUUGGAGACCAUGAAAGAUUUGUGGAUGCAUACUUCAAACCAUAUCCUGGUUAUUACUUCACGGGCGACGGAGCCUACCGGUCUGCAGAGGGGUACUAUCAGAUCACAGGACGCAUGGAUGACGUUAUCAACAUCAGUGGCCACCGCUUGGGCACGGCCGAGAUAGAGGACGCCCUGGAUGAACAUCCAGAAGUCCCUGAAUCUGCCGUCAUCGGUAUUGCACAUGAUCUCAAGGGAGAGGUGCCUUUUGCUUUUGUGGUCGUGAAAGAGAGUGAUGGCCUGGACCAGUCAGCUGUUAUUAAACAACUGAGAAACCUAGUGGCCACUAAGAUAGCCAAAUAUGCCAUUCCUGAUCACUUUUUGAUAGUGAAAAGACUGCCUAAGACCCGUUCGGGUAAGAUAAUGAGACGCAUCCUUCGGAAGAUUGCCAUGGAGGAAACGGACACCCUGGGUGACGUGUCCACUCUGGAUGACCCCACAGUUGUCAAGGAGAUUAUAGAAGCCCAUGUACAGUAUAAGAGCCAGCUAUCCCAGAAGAAAUGAGGGAACGGGUAAAGAGAAUGAAAUUACUUGUGCACAAUUUUUGCCAUAUUAGUUAUUUUAGCUGAAUAAAAUCGAUUCCACACAUCAAUUCCAACAGCAACUCUCAUACCACCAGUCCUAAAUUGUGAGGAUAAGAGGGUAGCAUGUGUUUUCACUAAUUAGCAUACUUAGCCUUUAUGUAUUUGAAUUGACCUCAUUAUUGCUUUGCUUAUAAUCCCUAUGAAUCUCUAUGCAGUAAUCCAGACAUUUUAAAAAGUGUAACAAUUCUUUGAGUGCCUUAAUGUUUUUUAUGAACACAUUCCGAGUAAUCAUGACCUUAGUGGAUCUAAAAUGAUAUGAUAGUAGGCCUACUCUAUAAACUUGAAUAAGGAUUUUGACUCUGGAUCAACUAUAAUAUUUGUACUCUAUGAAUUUUCGCAGUUUUACAUAAUAUGAAUAAUGAUUAAUCUAAAACUCUAAUUCUACACUUGAUGUUUGGGACAAUGGAACACUUUUUCACAGAAAACAAUGUUUGUCUUUCAUUUUCUGUUUUCGCGCACACUCCCCUUGUCACAGUUUUUCUAUGUUUUCUAUGUGCCUUAUAAUGUUCUGUAUUGUUAAAGUAUUAAAAUAAAUCUCGCAUCUA